UCCUUCAAACCAAUUCUCUGGCCGACCCUACACUACACGUCUACACCACACUUCUUGAUCCGUUCCUUUCACAAGUCACAACGCUCCUCCCCCUCCCUCAUCCUUUCGUUUUCUUUGUAGUGCCCGCCUGUUGCCUAUCCUCAGCUUCACAAAUUCAUGUGAACGCAACGGCAGCGGCCGUCGUACGCAUACAUCAAUCUGUCAUUCUCUCUGUAUCACUCACCACAGGUUCGGUGAACGAGUGGGCGCCGGAUAGAUUCUUCCGCUUAUUCUUCUUAUUAUUUUGUAUGGACGUAGAAUUUCGGUGUUCAAUUUUCUUUUGUAGUGGAUCGCAAGUCCGUAAAUUACAGGAAAGAUCUGGUCUUGACACCGAUUAAAGUGUGAUGUGUGGAUAGUGUGUGUCGAAGCGUUCGAUAAUAUUCUUGUACAUUAUAUAGUACCCCAUUCUGUCCUCCGAAAAUUCAGGGAAAAGAUUCCGGUGCUGUAUCUCGUCUAAUAUAACCAGAGAAUACUGACACAACACAUUUCAAGCUUGGAAGCUUUUGUGCUUAAUUUCACGUGUCAAGUAAUUGCUUAUUGUCCGCACUUCCUUGAUGCUGUUGUCAGAAGAACACUCAUCUUAAUAUAUAAGCACGUUACCAUUCACUGUCCUGUGGAAGGUUAUUCACACCACCCUUCUACUAGCUUCGGAGCUGUUCGUAUGAUACAGAAUAUGCCUUUCAGGGAUUUCUUCACCGAGUAUGGUGAGGCAAAUUUAUAUGAAAUUCAAGAAGUUGUUGGCAAGGGAAGUUAUGGAGUUGUGGCCGCUGCAGUUGAUACCCACACUGGAGAAAAGGUAGCAAUAAAGAAGAUCAAUGAUAUUUUUGAGCAUGUCUCCGAAGCCACUCGGAUCCUUAGAGAGAUCAAGUUCCUACGGUUACUUCGGCACCCAGACAUUGUGGAAAUAAAGCAUAUUAUGCUACCGCCUUGUCGAAGAGAAUUCAAGGAUAUCUAUGUUGUGUUUGAAUUGAUGGAAACGGACCUUCAUAAUGUAAUCAAGACAAAUGAUGAUCUCACUCCUGGGCAUCAUCAGUUUUUUUUGUAUCAGUUGCUUCGGGCUUUAAAAUACAUACACUCUGCAAAUGUAUUCCACAGGGAUUUGAAACCCAGAAACAUCCUUGCCAAUGCAGACUGCAAGUUGAAGAUUUGUGAUUUUGGGCUGGCACGAGCAUCAUUUGGUGAUGCCCCUUCUGCUGUUUUUUGGACUGAUUACGUGGCUACGCGGUGGUAUCGUGCUCCUGAACUUUGUGGAUCCUUUUUUUCCAAAUACACCCCUGCUAUUGAUAUAUGGAGCAUAGGAUGCAUAUUUGCAGAAAUGCUAACUGGUAAACCUUUGUUUCCUGGGAAGAAUGUAGUACAACAAUUGGAGCUCAUAACUGAUCUUCUUGGUUCGCCUUCUGCUGAAGCCAUUUCAAGGAUUCGGAAUGAAAAGGCCAGACGAUACUUAGGUAGCAUGAGGAAGAAACCACCUGUAUCCCUGUCGCAAAGGUUCCCUCAUAUAGAUCCCAUGGCUCUUCGUUUACUUCAGCGUUUAAUUGCAUUUGACCCAAAAGAUCGCCCAUCAGCUGAAGAAGCCCUGGCAGAUCCAUAUUUUUAUGGAUUGGCAAAUGUAGAGGAUGAACCUUUUUCCCAACCCAUUUUUUCAAAGUUCGAGUUUGAGUUUGAAAGGAGAAAGUUAACAAAAGAUGAUGUGAGGGAGCUAAUCUACCGGGAGAUCUUGGAGUAUCAUCCCCAGAUGCUCCAGGAGUAUCUCCGUGGCGUGGACCAGAUUCACUUUAUGUAUCCAAGCGGAGUGGACCAAUUUAAGCAACAAUUUUUCCGUCUUGAGGGUCAGCCCGGUGAAGUAGCCAGGCCUCCACUGCAAAGGCGCUAUGCAUCACUGCCCAGGGAGCGGGUGUGUGGGUUUAUAAAUGAUGAUGAUGAUGAUGAUGAUGAUGAUGAUGAUCCUGACCAUCAUGGUGAUUCUAAAAGUCGCACGGUGGUACCUAUCCCACGUCCACGGCUCCAAAGCCCGAAAAGGUUGGCAGAAACUGCUAAUAACAAGUCGAGUUUGGGAGGCACCACCGCCCGGGGGCGUAAUGAUUGCAGGAGGUCAAGUUACAGUGCACGAUGCUGCCUGCUAAGAAGUGAUAGCAUCAGUGCUUCCAAGUGUGUUGGUGUUGAAGGAGCUGAGUACUUUUAGGUAAAGGCUCUAGAUCUCCUCCUCUCCUCUCCUCUGAAUUGCAUAUUUGCAUUGCGUUUCUGCUGCGAGGUGAAUGGCUCCUUCCUUCUGGAGACCUGAUUAUAAUCUCUAUGUAUAUAUACUAAUAGAAUAAAAUAAAAUUCACUCCCCCUCUCCCUCUCCCUCUCCCUCUCCCUCUUGGUUAUGAAGCCAAUUUUUGUGUAUAUAUGUAAUUAUCAGGGCAGGGAGCCAACUCAAAAAACUAGAUGGACUCACUUGAGUCUCCAAGUGUCCCUGCUGCAUCGAUCUGCAUCUAGUCUCUGAGGAUUGAGUGAGUGAGUGAGUGAGAGCUAGGACAUCUGCAAAGAUUUAUCCUCUUGGGUUUAAAUUAUCUAUGUAUGUAUGUAUUUUAUUAUUAUUAUUAUUUUUUUUAAAAAAAAAAUAUAUAUUUGUUUCCACUGUAA